AUGGCGGAGCCGUUCGCACCUCGCUCUAUGAAGCGUAGAAAUAUCAGCACGCGGCCCGUCCUAUCCCCCAAAGUGAUUCCUCAAGAUGAAGAAAUUCCGGAGCCCGAGAUCGGGCGCGAGUACCAGCUCGAUUUAAUCUCUGCAGACCUCCAACUCAUACAGGAGCUUGGCUCAGGAGAUGGUGCUGCUGUCAGUAAAGUCAAGAACCUCGCUACCGGCGUCUUGAUAGCCCGUAAGGUUUUCCGAUCCCAGCCCAAUGAAGAGUUACGUGAGCGAGCUCUCCGUGAACUGGAGAGAUUACACGAUUGUCACUCCGACUGGCUCGUUCGGUUCUACGGCGCUUGCUUUGACGAGAGCAGUAACGUGGUGAUGUGCAUGGAAUAUAUGGAUGUUGGUUCGCUCGAUAAGGUAUCCAAGCUAUGCGGAUCUAUAAGGGUCGACGUUAUUGGGAAGAUUGCAGAGGCCAUUCUUGGCGGUUUGACGUACCUCUACGUAAAUCAUCGCAUCUUGCACCAAGAUGUUAAACCCUCCAACAUUUUCGUCAACUCCAAGGGCCAUUUCAAACUGAGUGACUUUGGUAUACCGAGGGAAUUUAUCAGCCCCGUAUCGGACGCUGUUCCAGGUGAAACAUCACCAUAUAUGGCACCAGAGCGAAUCCUGGGAGAAUCGGCUACAGUCAAGUCGGACGUGUGGAGUUUUGGCAUCUCUCUGCUGGAACUUGCUACCGGAAUACCUCCGUUUCACUUAGAUGCGGAGCAACGGGACGUUGACGAUGCUUUAGCCGGUCCUCUUGACCUCGCCCGGCGCAUUGUUCACGGACCUGCUCCGCGCCUCCCCAAAAGCGACGCCUUUCCCUUGAUCCUCGAAGACUUGGUGGAAAAGUGUCUAUGCAAGGUUUCUGAAGAGAGACCAACCCCACAGGAGCUCUUUGUAAGACUUCUGUCCCGAGCCUCGCCAGCCCUUUUCAUAGAUAGUGCUAACAUGAAGCUAGGAUGGGGAUCCUUUCCUUCAAGCUUCUAA